AUGUACAUCAAGCAGAUCAUCAUCCAGGGCUUCAAGAGUUACAAGGAGCAGACUGUCAUCGAACCCUUCUCCCCAAAAACGAAUGUUGUUGUUGGUCGCAAUGGCUCUGGAAAGAGUAACUUCUUUGCCGCAAUUCGAUUCGUGCUCAGCGAUUCCUACACUCAGAUGGGUCGCGAAGAGCGACAGGCUCUGCUACACGAAGGUUCAGGGUCCGCCGUGAUGUCUGCCUACGUGGAGAUCAUCUUCGACAAUAGCGAUGAGCGAUUCCCCACUGGAAAGGACGAGGUGAUCCUGCGACGCACGAUUGGUUUAAAGAAGGAUGAAUACUCGCUUGAUCGCAAGAAUGCGACUAAGACAGAUGUCAUGAAUCUAUUAGAAUCGGCUGGUUUCUCACGGUCAAACCCUUACUACAUCGUACCCCAGGGUCGUGUCACGGCGUUGACCAAUAUGAAGGAUACGGAGAGACUAAAUCUCCUUAAGGAAGUUGCCGGCACCCAGAUAUAUGAGGCACGUCGAUCUGAAUCAUUAAAGAUCAUGACCGAUACAAAUAACAAGCGUGCCAAGAUUGAUGAGACACUCGAUUACAUCAAGGAACGUCUUUCGGAGUUGGAGGAAGAAAAGGAAGAGCUGCGUGGCUACCAAGAAAAAGAUAAGGAACGCCGUUGUCUUGAGUACGCGUUCUACCAUCGAGAGCAAGUUAUCUUAGCCGAGGCUCUAGAUGAAAUUGAGGAUUUGCGCCGAGAUGGCAUCGAGGGUACGGAUGAAGACCAGGGGGCUUUCUUGGAGGGCGAGCGUGCAAUUACCGAGGUGGACGACGAAAUCAAACAAUUGAACCGCCAGAUGGAGCUUCUCAGACUCGAACGACGCCAGCUAGAGGAGGAUCGACGUGACACUUGGAAGACGCAGGCUAAGAUUGAAUUGGACGUCAAAACUCUCUCCGAUGGCUUAUCAUCCACCGAACAAGCCCGGUCGCAACAUCAGGAGGAGCUCAAGUCAGUGAAGCAGGAAAUCGCUGCCAAAGAGGCCGAGCUGAAGAAGAUUUUACCUGAGUACAAGAAGCGGAAGGAUAAUGAGACGGAAGUCAAGCAGAAACUUGAUGCUGCGGAGGCCACCCAAAAUCGACUCUACAACAAGCAAGGUCGGACCUCGCAGUUCAAAAGUAAGGCUGAACGUGAUAAGUGGCUCAAAAGUGAAAUUGAGGAGCUGAAUAUAGCUAUGGGUGUGCAAAAGGCUAAUCGCUUGAACGCGGACGAGGAGGUCAAGUCUGUGCAGUCUGAAAUCAAGAACCUGGAAGAAGAAAUUGCUGGCCUCCGGAAACGACUGGAUGGCUGGGGUGGCAGCCGACAAGCCUUAUCCGAGCAGGUCACCAUUGCAAAGGAUGCUCUGGAGAAACUGACCGACGAGCGCAAGUUGCUUCGCCGCGAAGAUGACAAGCUUGAUUCGGUUAUAAGCGAUGCUCGACAUGAGAAGGAGCGUGCUGAGCGAGAUCUAUCUCAUACCAUGGACGGCGCAACCUCUCGUGGUUUGGCAACAGUACGCCGCCUCAAACAAGAGAAUAAUCUUGAAGGAGCCUACGGCACUCUGGCAGAGUUAUUUGAGGUACCAGAAGACUGUCGAACUGCGGCAGAACAAACCGCUGGCAACAGCUUGUUUCACUAUGUCGUUGACAAUGAAGAGACAGCUACUAUACUUAUGGACGCUUUGCAGAAGCAAAGAGGAGGUCGAGUCACUUUCAUGCCUUUGAGCCAGCUUCGACCCAAGCCAGCGAAGCUGCCGAAAGCAUCCGAUGCUAUGUCAUUGAUAAGCAUGCUCACCUAUGAAGCUAAGUUCGAGAGAGCUAUGAGCCAAGUCUUUGGCAAGACUAUUAUCUGUCCAAAUCUUGCCAUUGCUUCGCAAUACGCUCGUACUCAUAAUUGCAAUGCCAUCACCCCGGAAGGUGACACUGCAAACAAGAAGGGUGCUCUGACAGGAGGUUUCAUCGACACUCGCAGAUCACGACUGCAAGCAGUUCGGUCUGUUAACAAGUGGCGAGACGAAUUUGAAACCUUGAGGAGACGUGCUGUUGAGGUUAGACAGGAGGUUGAGAGAAAGGACCAAGAGAUUACUGCUGCGAUGGGAGAGCUUCAAAAGCUCGAGCAGAAAUUGCGUCAACUCGACGACAGCUUUGACCCGCUGAAGAUGAAGUUGAGAGUCUUGAGUUCACAUUUGGAGAAGCAGAGAGGUCAGCUGGAAGAUCACAUUCGUCGAAGAGAGAUUGUUGAAAAGUUGCUCAAGGAUUAUGGCGACACUGUAGAUGGAUUCGAACAAGAGUUAUCUUCCGACUUCAAGAAGGCACUAACUGCGAACGAAGAAACCCAACUGGAACAGCUAACUACGACCGUCGCAGACUUACGAAAGCAAUGGAACGAUUUGAGCAAGAGUAAACAGGAGCUUGAGGGCCGGAAGCAACUUCUCGAAGUCGACUUGCGCGAGAACCUGAGAAUGAAGUUGGACCAAUUGAACAGUCAAGAAAUUGAUACCAAUGCUGGUAUUGGUUCUGGAAGCCUUAAAGAGUCGCAGCGUGAGCUCAAGCGCAUCCAGAAAGCCGCUGCCGUCGUGGAGGAGAAACUGAAGGAGAACGAUGUUGCAAUAGAAGCAGCUGAGAAUAAGGUUGCCAAUCUGCAAAAGAUCAAGAUUCAAAAAGAAGAACAACAGCAGGAGUUGGCCAAAUCCAUUGAAAAGCGCCACAAGAAGAUGGAGAAGAGCAGCGCCAAGAAGGCCUUAUUGAUUGUCUCAGCUGCGGAAUGUGCUAAGAAUAUUCGUGAUCUGGGUGUUCUUCCCGAGGAGGCCUUCGAGAAGUUUUCCAAUGUCGAGUCCAAGACUGUUACUUCUCGUCUCAAGAAAGUUACCGAGGCUUUGAAGAGAUUCAAGCACGUCAACAAGAAAGCUUUUGAGCAAUAUAAUACCUUCACGAGCCAACGAGAUUCCCUAACUAAGCGACGACUAGAGCUCGACAAAGCUCAAUCCUCGAUUCAAGAACUGGUCGAGAUUCUGGAUACACGCAAGGACGAAGCCAUUGAACGGACAUUCAAACAAGUCUCUAAAGAGUUUGCAUCUAUAUUUGAGCGUUUAGUUCCUGCUGGUCGCGGCAAGCUCAUCAUCCAACGCAAGAUGGACCAACGUGUUCGUGAGGAAGAAGACUCAGAUGACGAGCCUCGUGAGUCGGUUGAGAAUUACACCGGUGUCGGCAUCAGCGUAUCUUUCAACAGCAAGCAUGACGAACAACAACGAAUCCAGCAGUUGAGCGGUGGUCAAAAGAGUCUCUGCGCCCUAGCCCUGGUCUUCGCAAUCCAACAAUGCGACCCAGCACCCUUCUACCUCUUCGACGAAAUCGACGCCAAUCUCGACGCACAAUACCGCACGGCCGUCGCGCAGAUGCUGGAAGAAAUCUCGCUCCAGCAGAGUUCUCAGGACAAUGAGAAUGGGGCUGGUGGCAUGAGUGGGCAGUUUAUUUGCACGACCUUUAGGCCAGAGAUGUUGCUCGUUGCGGAUAAGUGUUACGGAGUUACGUUUCAUAACAAGACGAGUGGCAUUGAUGCUGUUAGUCGUGAAGAAGCCUUGAGGUUUGUAGAGGGCGAGGCACCGAAAUAA